GCAAUAAUUAGAAUAAUCACGAAUUAUUAGGGGUGAUAACGUCAUUUUAUGUCUUCGACACCGGUCAUCGGCUGAAAGCCUGAAAACAUAGGGAGGAGUCGUUGGGAACUUAAAGAUAUUUUCCAAAUUGAUAAACCAUCAUUUUCUUCUCCGAUCAAACACGGCGGAAAUGGACGGCGGUGGAUCUUGCUCCGGCGGCAAUUUCAAGCUCUACGAGGAGCUGGAAUUGCAUGAGUUUCAGGACCAGUUCGUGAUCAAAUCCGUCGCGGCUCCGGAUCGAGGAUUCUCCAUCGACCACCGCGACGGCAUUAUUGAGCCGCUCAACGGCGAUUCUUCUUCUUCUUCUGUAAGUCCUUCGAAAACCUCGACGAUAUACGGAGUGGCGGGAACGAUCAGAUUGCUUGCAGGAAAUUAUGUACUUGUAAUAACUUCGCGGACGGAAGUCGGGAAUUAUCUCGGCUUCCCUGUUUACAGAGUAAACUCGAUGAGGUUUCUGUCCUGCAAUGAGGGUUUGAAGAAUUCAACUGCUCAGGAGAAAAAAGAUGAGGCUUACUUCAUGGCUCUGUUGAAAACAGUCCAAUCAACUCCAGGGUUGUACUUCUCGUAUGAGACUGAUAUAACACUCAACUUUCAAAGAAGAUGUAAGUUAGUUGAAGGAUGGAUGGCCAAACCAAUAUGGAAGCAGGCUGACCCUCGAUUUGUUUGGAACAGAAAUCUUUUGGACGAACUGAUUGAGUAUAAGCUUGAUGGGUUCAUUAUUCCUCUACUACAAGGAAGCUUCCAGACUGCACAGCUAAAGCUGAAAGGCUCACCUUCCACACUGACGAUAGUCUCAAGGAGGUGUACCAGACGUCUAGGGACAAGAAUGUGGAGAAGAGGAGCGAACCUUGAUGGAGAUGUAGCUAAUUUUAUUGAAACUGAGCAAUUGGUGGAGAUUGAAGGUUUCCAGUCCGCAUUAUUGCAGAUUCGAGGUUCAAUUCCGCUUCUUUGGGAGCAAAUUGUUGACUUGAGCUAUAAACCACGACUUAGAAUUAUUGAUCAUGAGCAGACGUCAAAUGUUGUGGAGCGCCAUUUUUUUGAUCUUUCCCAAAGAUAUGGAGAGACAAUGGCAGUAGACCUAACUGAUAAACAUGGUGAUGAAGGUCAACUAAGCACGGCAUUUUCUGCUGAAAUGAAAAAUCUACCAAACGUGAGAUACGUUUCAUUUGACUUUCAUCAUGUAUGUGGUAACUCAAACUUUGAAAACGUAAAGUUUCUGUAUGAGCAGAUCUCAGAGCAAUUUGAGAAGCAAGGAUACUUCCUCGUAGAUGCGAAAGGCAACAUACUGGAGGAGCAGAAAGGAAUUGUCAGAACAAACUGCAUUGAUUGCCUUGAUAGAACAAAUGUUACACAGAGUUACUUGGCCCAGAAGUCUCUAGAUGCACAGUUGCAAAGAACUGGAGUGCUGGAUUCUUCUGAAAGCAUUUCCAUGUUUGCUGAAGAUUAUCAAACAUUUAGAGCAUUGUGGGCUGAGCAAGGCGACGAGAUAAGCCUUGAGUAUGCUGGCACUUAUGCCCUGAAAGGGGACCUGGUUAGAUAUGGGAAGCAGACAUUUGGAGGAAUAAUCAAAGAUGGGAUGAGUGCUCUUUCAAGAUAUUAUUUGAAUAACUUUCAGGAUGGCAUUCGGCAGGAUGCUAUGGAUCUUAUCAGUGGCCACUAUACAGUUAGAAGGGAUACUUCACCAUUCCGGGCUGAAUCUUUUUCUUUUCUACCGGUGGCAUCAGCUUUGCUAAUUGGAGGGUUGACACUGACAUCCGUCACACUUCAGCAAGCUGGUCGAAAUGCCCAGCAAUAUAUGUCUUCUGUUCUUUUGGCUGGAGUGACUGCUGGAGUAGCGGCAGUGGUAAAAGCUAACGGAAGGCAAUUCUGUUCGAGACCUCGCUUGUGCAGACUUGUAUAACAUUGUUCUGAACUCGUUCAAACGGUUGUUUUCGAAAACUCUGCAAAAUGUAUUACCAUGACGUUACUGUUGUUGCAAGCCUUGUAAGUUAUGAGAUAAGAUAAUUUUUACAAGCGAUUUAUGGUUAAAAUGGUAUAUGUGGUAUGAUAAAUUUUGUGUUUACAGAGGAUCAA